CGAACCGCGUGGUUUGUUUAUAGCAAAACGCAGAGGGAGAGAGACACACAGAGCUCUCCGUCGGAGAUAAUUUCCAUCCAAUAUCCAUUCGAGCCGAUCGUUCCAUUUUCGAUUCCACCUUCCCGUGCUUUACCUCUGUCCAAUCGCAUUUUGCGCAGAGGCAAGUCGCGAGGAAGGAGGAAUCUGCCUGCCUGACCGACCGAGAGAGGGGGAAAUAGCACCACGCAACGCAACGCAACAAUCGCCAUCCAUGGAUCCGAGGAACCCCCAAUACAUGAUGAUGACAAUCGCCAGGAUUUUUUCCUGAACCUUUCAGACUUAAGGUUUAAUCAAAGUCCGUGAUGUUUAUGAUCAUCGAUUGAUAGAAGCAACAAAUGAAAUGGACACCUCCCUUGCAGAGAUAUCAUGCUAACUCGAAUUCUGCAAGCUGUCCCCAGGAGGAAAUGCUAGGAUAUCAUAAUCAUGUGUACAAUGAGCUACAAAAGCUACACAAGAAGUCAUGCUGAGGAAUCAAGGAAGAGAUUUGCAAGCUGUGUUAAGGAAGUCACCGCCAAUGCAAAAGUUAAUGUAGCCAUGUCAGACAAACCCUUGGUAAAGAAUUUGCCAAAGGAAGUAGAAAGACUGGAGAGUGAGCUGAGGCGGAAAGAUGCCCGCAUUGAAAAGCUUGAGGAGGAGAUUAGAAAUCUAAUUCUGCAAAGAGAUAUUGCUCAAUCACAAGUCAAAGAACUUCUACAAAUUCUCGGAGACAAUGCAGGCCCCUUAACACGGGUAGGAUUGGGAAAUUACCCUCAUUUGCGAGUGCGGAAAUCACCUGAUCAGGAGAUUCAAAGAAAAGAGACCUCUGCCUGGGCAGACACCCACUCUUUGGAUGUUGAUACCAGAAGAGGACAAAGUAGGAGCAUUUCAGGGGAUCAUUUUCCGAGAGCUCCAUACUUUAGUAAAAAAUUUUCUUGCAGUAAUGCAUCCCGAAUGAUGUUCAGAACUUGUCCGUACUCUGAUACAGGAGAUUCAUACCAAUGUUGGGAGGAGGCACAAAAUGAAAAUAAAGAAACUUUGGAGGACAGAUGCAAGGGAAUUCAUUGCAUCUCAGCAGAAAAAAUGCUUUCUGAAGAUUACACUGGAAUCCCUGUUGUCAAAGUGCGUGUAAAUGGAGAAAUGCAGGAUGUAGAAUCUGCAUCGUCUGGUUCCUCUCCAAAUGAGAGCUGCAUGUCAUCUCCUUUGAACGAUGAUGACAAUGAAGUGAAGCAGCAUGAAGCAUCUGAGAUCAUCCCCCCAAAUGAAGGUCAAAAAUUAAUUGCACCAUCAGCUAUGGAUGACAAAGAAUCAUUUCAAAUGCUGAAGAACAAAAGGGAUUUUAGCUGUCUUCAGUGUCUUGUCAUUACAUCUCUUGACAACCCCCUUCAAUAUCUUGGCAUUACAUCUCUCGAAAAUCCUUCUCUCGCACAUCAUCUUGCUGGUGAUACCUUUGGAAGUGGAGGCUCAAGCUUUCCUAGAAUGAAAAGACGCAAAGCAAGUAUUUUUACUAGCUCAAUCUCUCCAUGGCUGACAGAGAAGCAAUGCAGUGAUUAUACAUCAUCUUUAGAACCAGGAAAAGAAUCUGAUGAUUUUGGAUGGAAAACAUCUGCAUUAAAAUUUAGCCCAGCUGUUGAGGAUGAUAGUUUAAACUGCACUCCGGACACGAGGAGAGAGGCUGAGCUUUCAAACGAUAAAGAAUAUACUGCAAAACCUGAGAAUGAUGCUGCAUCAAAAGUCACCGAGUCCCAUAAGAAGAAUGUCAAUGAUGUCGGUGUACAUCCUGUCGAAGAUGAAUCUAAAGUGGUUACAAGUUGGCCUGUUGAAUUCAGGAGACUCCAAAGACAAAUAAUCGAACUAUGGCACACUUGCCACGUCUCACUGGUGCAUAGAACUUACUUCUUCCUGCUCUGUAAAGGCGAUCCUUCUGAUGCUAUAUAUCUGGAGGUAGAGAUAAGGAAGCUGAAAUUCUUGAAGGAGAAAUUUUCCCAGGGAGAAAAGGCUGUCGUGAACGGACAACGUCUAACCUUGUCAUCAAGCAAGAAAGCUCUACGGCAGGAGAGACAAGCGUUGGCGAAGCAGAUGAUGAAGAAGUUUUCGGAAAAGGAGCGCGAAAGGAUGUUCUUGGAAUGGGGGAUUAGUCUCAACACCAAAAUGAGACGGCAGCAGCUCGCUGACCGGGUGUGGGCAAAGACGGAUGAUAUGAACCACAUUGCCGAGAGUGCAUUGCUUGUUGCAAAGCUAGUAGGGAUUAUCGAGCCGGGGCAAUCUCUUAACAAAGAGAUGUUCGGGCUGGACUUCACCCCCAAGCCCGGCUCUGGAAUCAGCAGCACCUUCAAACGCAGCCUCGUCUCCAUCCUGUAAUAAUGCUGUCCAAUGAAGCUUACUACGUUACUCGCCGUCAUGUCAUGUCAUGUCAUCGUGCUUUCCAGCGGUCGACAGUAGUGUUGGUCCAGAGCUUGCAUUCGAUGUCGACCGGCUCGCCAUCAAGGAUUGAAUAAAAGUCCCACCCCCUCAACGGUAUGAGAUUCGAAUGAUUCCUUCCCUUGCCUCUGCGUUGUUAUUCUUCAUGGACUGAAGGAUUUUGCUGUGACUUCUUAACCUCCUUUCAGAUGUUGUAUCUUUCUUGACUUGUUUGUGUACUCCUCCUCCGGGAUACAUGCAUACAUACAUACAUACAUAUAUAUAUAUAUAUAUAGAUAGAUAAAAACAAGUAUGUGGUCCAGUGUUUGCUUUAUUCGAAAACGUGUAAACAAUGAAAUCUUCUC